GCGCAGGAACGCGCCAGUACAUGUAACGCGAGAAGGGCAAGCGCUUCCGGAUUGAAUUUUGAAUAUACUUGCACGUUAUAAGCGAAGGUGACGAUGAUCGGGCUGUGAGUUUUCUCGUUAGCGUUUCAAUAUGUUGCGAGAACUGUUCCUUGCGAGCUUUUUCGCGGGGGUGAUUCUGCUCGUUACUGCCGAGGACGUCGAUUUAUUAGCGCAAAACGCUGAUUUUGAAGCGAACGACGAGCCGUACGUGAAGACUAACAGGAGAUACAAACCGUCGUACAAGACAGUGAAAAAGUUUAGUAGUACUAAUAGCAAAGAGGCGAAACACAGCGGUGGAAAGGAUAUCACGUACGCUGGGGGAUGUCUCUCUCGACCUACUGUUCCUGUAAACGGAAACCUAAGCUGUUCCUCUGACGGAGGUUGCCGAGCAGCUUGCGCUUUGGGCUACAGAUUUCCCAAUGGAGAACACGAGCUUGCGAUUGUGUGCCACGCAGCGCAAUGGAAAAUUCAAGGAGCCGAGUACAGUGCUGUUCCCCACUGCGAACCGAUCUGCCUUCCGGAAUGCCAAAAUAACGGGAUCUGCGAGGCCCCGAAUAAAUGUUUCUGCGCGGAGAACUUUUCUGGACCGCAGUGCCAAUUCGAGAACAAUCCCUGUUUGAAUCCGCCGCCUAUGAUUCGUAACGCCCAGAGUAAAUGCAAUUCCAAGAGAUGCACGAUUACUUGCUACGAGCACUUUGCCUUCCCCGAUGGAUCGUCCGUGGCUAACAUGGCCUGCAAGGAGGGGAACUGGGUACCAACAGGACAUCGGGGUUGGACCUCCGUACCCGAUUGCAAAGCCGUUUGCGAUCCACCGUGUAAGAACGGAGGUAUCUGUCUACCUCUCAACACCUGCCAGUGUCCGCAGGAUUACCGAGGACCGCAGUGUCAAUAUCGCUCAGAUACCUGCACAGGCUCGAAGCUGGGCUUCAACGGCGGCUUCGAGUGCGGCACCAAAGACGAGAACUCGUACUCCUGUCGACUGAGCUGUCCCGACAACGUAGACUUUGAGUUCCCUCCAGCAGCGGAGUACGUCUGUCGUUACGACAGCGGCGGUAAAUUCGAGCCUCAACCUAUUCCCCAGUGUCAGCCACCUGAAGGCUCGAGACUCGUUUCGGUCGAACACUCGUCGUUCUAUACGGUGACCAACCAUACCUGGAACAUCCAAGGCACCAGCAGUUUCCAGGCCAACUCGGCGGCAUCGGCGCUAAAUCACUUUGGCUAUUCUGAGAGUACUCACGGUAGCAGUGGCAUCGAGAUCAUCAAAACCGGGGGAGGAAGCGAGAGUGGAAGCGGGAUGAUCAGCGGAGGAAUACAAGAAAACAGAGCUACUGUUGGACAUAACGAGAUGCAGAGGGUCGAGAGAAUUCCCGAAGCUGGAAGCUGCUUUGCUUGGGCUGGGGUGCACUACAAGACGUUCGAUGGACUGAUUUACAGUUUUCAAAGCAGCUGCGCUUACACCCUCCUAAAAGACACCCGAGACGGUCUCUUUACGAUCACUGGACAAAUCGACCCAUCCUGUCGCAAGUCAAACAUCACCAGCUCCUUCGACUGUCCCCUCGUCAUCCGCAUCUACAUCCAGGGUAAGGAGUACAGUCUCUCUCGAAAUUACGUCACGGGUAUGCCAGAAUUCCGAAGUACAAAGAAGGUCAUGCCGAUUCCGUCGCAAUUGGCGCACUUGAGAGUAGAAGCGGCUCACGCCGGACAGUUUCUGGUGGUAUCGCUCGACGCCGUCGGUCUCAAGAUCAAAUGGGACGGCAGCAAAAUGGUACAGCUUGAGGCUGCUCAGUCGCUCUGGAAGAGAACGGACGGCUUGUGCGGUAAUAUGAACGGAGAUAAGGAGGAUGAUUUCGGUGAGGCAAACAAGAGCAUUUUGAGCCUGGCGAGCAAGUGGAGGGUCGAGGAUAUUGGUGAAAAGUGCGAGGAAUACCCGUCCCACGAUAACCCCUGCUCCACGGAUCCUGAACUCGAACGCACUGCCAGCGAGUUCUGUGAAAAACUGUUGCUCGAUCCGCGCUUCAAGCAUUGCGACAAGUACGUUGAUUUCGCUGAAAUCAAGGCUACCUGCCAACGAGACUACUGUUCCUGCGGUGCCAACGACAGGAGACAUUGUUCCUGCGACACUGUGGCUGUUUAUGUGAGGCAGUGCGUGCACAAGGGUCAGAUAUCCGUUCAGGGCUGGAGAGAUAUCGCCACUUGCCCGAUGCCGUGUAAGAAUGGCAAGAUCUACAACUCGUGUGGUCCACGUAUUCAAGCCUCCUGCGGUGCGUCGGAACAACUCAGUGAACAUACCAUUGAUUCUUCCAAUUGCGAGGAGGGUUGCUUCUGUCCCGUGAACACUGUAUUACACGAGGGUCGUUGCAUCUCCCCGGAAGAGUGUCCCUGUCGACUUCGUGGUAAAUCGUUUGCACCGGGUUCCGUCGUGCCCAAGGACUGCAACACCUGCGUUUGUAUGAAGGGCCAAUGGACAUGCACUGAGAGCAAGUGCGGAGCCAGAUGUUCCGCCGUGGGAGAUCCUCAUUACACGACCUUUGACGGCAAGCGAUAUGAUUUCAUGGGCAAAUGCUCGUACUAUCUGGUCAAGGCUGAUAACUAUAGUGUAGAGGCGGAGAAUGCUGCCUGCACUAGUGCUAUUUCCGAGAUGAUGGGAUUCACGCGAACAUUCCAAGACGGAGAGCCGUCCUGCACUAAAGCCGUGACGAUUCGCAUCAACGACGUGGCCAUAAAGCUCAAGCAAAACCACGAGAUACUAGUGAACGGCGAGGACGUAACUAAGCUUCCUAUGUUGGCUGGCGGUGCUAGAGUCCGAAUCGUUAGCAGUAUUUUCCUCGGCGUUGAGCUACCGAACGGACUUGAAGUUCUCUGGGACGGAGUUUCCCGUGUCUACGUCAAUGCUCCCGCUCAUUUCCGAGGCCAAACAAAGGGUCUGUGCGGUACUUUCACUUCCAAUCAGAAGGACGAUUUCCUCACACCCGACGGAGAUGUAGAACAAUCCGUGGUGCCCUUUGCCAACAAGUGGAAGACGAGCGAGCAGUGCGAAGACGUGAAAAAAGAGUCUGACCACCCUUGUGACCUAAAUCCCCAGAAGCGAGCUGCUGCUGAGAAGUACUGUUCAGCUUUGAAGAAAGAGUUCUUCCUUGGUUGUCACUGGCACGUGGACCCUGAACCGUUCUACAAGGACUGUCUGUACGACAUGUGCGCCUGCGAAGCAACUGUCGAGAGUUGUCUUUGUCCGACUCUCGCCGGAUAUGCCAAGGACUGCGCGCAAAUCGGAGUGAUCAUACCCUGGCGCCAGCAGGUACAGGAGUGUCAGCUUCACUGUCCCGGAGAUCAAGAGUACCAGAUGUGCGGUAGCAGUUGCACGAGAUCUUGCGCUGACAUUUCUUUCCACAACGAGUGCAAAGAGGAGUGUGUAGAGGGCUGCAACUGUCCUAAAGGUUUCACCCUCGACGUCAACGGCGACUGCAUCCCCAUCGGUCAGUGUCCCUGUAGCUACGGUGGACUGGAGUUCUUAGCAGGUUACAGAGAAGUCAGACCUGGAACCAAAGGUUUGGAGCUUUGCACCUGUGCAGGUGGCAUUUGGAACUGCCAGAUAGCAACGCCCGACGAGAUUCACCAGUACCCGACGAUCGCGAAUCUGAAAAACAUGUGUAGUGCCACGAGACACCAAGAAGUCACGACCUGCGAGCCCGCAGAGCCGCGUACUUGUCGCAACAUGCAUCAACCUAUUUCCCAGAGUCCUGCUAUCUGCAGACCUGGCUGUGUCUGUAAGCCUGGUUAUGUGCUCGACCUGCCCAGCGGCGAGUGUGUCAAGCAGAGCGAAUGUCCUUGUUAUCACGGUGGACAGAGCUAUAAGGAGGGCGCAGUCAUGCAGGAAGAGUGCAAUACAUGCAAGUGCAGCGCUGGAAAGUGGAACUGCACCAACAUCGUAUGCCCAGGUAUCUGUUCGGUAUGGGGCGACUCCCACUACAAGACCUUCGACGAUCGGCAAUUCGAUUUCCAAGGCGCCUGUGACUACGUUAUGGCCAAGGGUAAACUCAGCGAUACCGAGUCCUUUGACGUUUCGGUUCGCAGCGUCGCUUGCGGUACCACCGGAAUCACUUGCUCGAAAUCGAUUACGCUCACUGUUGGCAAGACCGGCAAUGGCGUCAAUCAGGAAAGCGUUACUCUUACACGCGGCAAGAGCCUCAGCGCUGAGAAUUUCAAAGGCCUAGGCCGCAUAGCCAUGCGACGAGCUGGUCUCUUCGUUUUCCUGGACGUGCCGGAUCUAGGACUCGUGAUACAGUGGGACGAGGGUACCCGCGUCUAUGUGCGCCUGGACGUCAAGUGGAAAGGCCGCACAAAGGGUCUCUGCGGUGACUUCGACGACGACGCCGAGAACGAUUUCAAGACACCAUCGGGUGGUGUGUCCGAGGCUUCGGCCGGUCUCUUUGCCGAUUCCUGGAAGAUGAGCGAACUAUGCGCCGAGACCACCGACCAGCAGACGGACACUUGCGCCAAGCAUCCGGAGCGCAAGCUCUGGGCUACGCAACGCUGUCGGGUUAUGAAAUCUUCUUUGUUCGAACCGUGUCACUCGGAAGUUCCUCCUGAAGCAUAUAUCGAGAGGUGUGUCCUGGACGCCUGCGGCUGCGACGAUGGAGGCGACUGCGAGUGUCUCUGCACGGCGAUCGCUGCUUAUGCGCAGGAAUGCAAUGCUCGGGGUGUACCGAUUCAGUGGCGCAGUCAGAAGCUCUGUCCAAUUCAGUGCGACGAGACUUGCUCGAACUACUCUCCCUGCGUUUCGACAUGUCCACGUGAGACCUGUGACAACUUAGCGACGCGCGGAGACUCUCUUCAUCUUUGCGACCAGGACACCUGCGUCGAGGGCUGUCUACCCAAGCCUUGUCCUGAGGGUCAAAUCUACUUGAAUGGAUCUUACUCCGAGUGUGUGCCGAAAGCCGACUGUCGCAUUCUCUGUAGUGUCAUUGAUGGCGUUAAGUAUUACGAAGGCGACAAGCUUGGAGGAGACGAGUGCCAUUCGUGCUUCUGCAGUAGAGGAAAGAUCGUCUGCAAGGGAGAGCCUUGCGCUAAGACCACGAUUGCGACGACAACGACUACGACUAUGGCGCCUACAGUCACGAAACCUUCUUCGGAAUUGGGAGAGCAGACAAAGCAGUGCAAGAGCGGUUGGACGAGCUGGUUCAACAGGGAUUUGCCGAAGAACGACGGUUUUCGCAGUGACAUUGAAAACAUACCAACGUUGAUCGAACUACUAGAGAUCGAAGGAUCUCCGGCUUGCGAGAAGGAUCGUAUGGUAGACAUUCAGUGCCGAACCGUCGAUGGCCAAGUAUCGUAUAAAGACGUCGGCAUCAACGUCGAGUGCAGCCUAGAAAACGGUCUUCUCUGUCUGCCCUCUAAAAAGCCCAAGCAGACUUGUCCCGACUUCGAAAUCCGCGUCCUCUGUCGUUGCGAAAGUGCCCCGAUAGUCGUACCACCGACUCCUUCCGCUGAUCUCUGUCAGCUGACUGAGCCUUACAGAGCCGUUGCCGACAACUGCUUCGACUUCUUACAGUGUAGUGUUGGUCUGAAUGGCAACGAAUGGGUCCAAAAAACCUGCGGUCCCGGUACCAUGUUCAACGAGAACCUUCAGGUCUGUGACUGGCCAGCUAAUGUGGCCGUCGUCAGACCGGAAUGCGGUGAAAAUAAGAAGAGGAAACUGGUGCAUCACCAAUGCAAGGACGGCGAGCACUGGAGCGAAUGCGCGAUCCAGUGCAGCAAAACCUGUUCGUACUACAACCACAUUCUGACCAAAGACGGCGUCUGCAACAAGACAGUAGACUGCGUGCCCGGUUGCGUACCGGACGACAGAGUGGAUUGCGCCUCGAGUAAUUACUUUUGGAGGGACCGACACACGUGCGUCGAUCGAUCGGGCUGUAUUUGCAAAGGAGACGAUGGUGAGCCGAUAACGCCCGGUUUUAUGGUCAAGGUAUCAGAGUGCAAGAGUUGCCAGUGUAUCAAUGAUUAUUACACGUGCGACGAGUCGGCCUGUGAGACUAACAGCGUGGAGACUGUAAACUACAAUGUCACCAUGACGAACGUUACACAAACAAAACAAGAAAUAAAAACCAUCAUAGUACCGAGCACCGCCUCACCACCCGCCGAGUGUCCACCGGAGAACUACAUUUGGUUGGUCGAAAGCUCGCCUUUCGAGACAACUUACGUGGCUUCGAGCUUUGAGAACAGCUUCGUAACGCCCGAUUCAGCUCGUCUACGACGCAUGAAUACCUUCAUCACCUGGAGUCCGACUACCAAUGACGAGCAGCAGUGGGUCGAAAUCCACCUGGCUCACCCUACUCCCAUCUACGGAGUUAUAGUCGGCGGUGAUGCCUUCGAUGACAAGUUUGUCACCAGUUACCACGUACUUUUCUCCGAGGAUGGUAACGUCUUCUCUUACAUCACCGAUCAGAGAGGCGAUACCAGCAUGCCUAAGGUGUUAAGCGGACCAGUGGAUGGUUCCACUCCUGUCAGACAGAUUUUCCAUCCUCCGAUAGAAGCUAAGGUCGUCAGGAUAAAUCCAAUUACCUGGCACAAGGGCAUCGCUAUGCAGGUCGAACUCGUUGGUUGUGGAAAGAACAUGGUGACGACAACCACUGCUGCGCCUGUGCUUACCACACCCCUCAUUACGGAAAGCAUCGUUCAGCCAAUGUGCGACGAUCCGAUGGGCUACGACAGCUACUUAAUGUCUGACAUGCAAGUUUUUGUCUCCUCGGCGUUUUCCAACUUCGUACCGAACAUGCGAAUCUCGUCUACUGAAAUCUGGCGCCCACUGCUGGACAACCCGGACCAAUUCGUACAGAUCGACUUCCUGGAGCCGCGAAACCUUACGGGCGUCGCCACUAUGGGUGGCUACGAUAGCUGGGUAACCGCCUACAAAAUCUAUUACGGUAACGACGGCAAGAUUUGGAAUCCAGUGCUAGACGAGUUUGGUGCUGAAAAGGUCUUCCUUGGUAACGUCGACGAUUUCCAUAUCAAGAUCAACUACUUUGACAAACCCAUCGGUGCGAGAUUGAUGAGAAUCGUACCUAUUAAAUGGCAUCGACACAUUGGUCUCAAGUUCGAAAUUCACGGUUGCUUCCUCCCAUAUCCACCUAUCGCACUACCUCCUCCAGUAUUCCCACCACCACCACCACCACCGAAACCCUCGGAAUGCAACGUUUGUACCGGAGUCGCUGUUCAAGGAGAAAACACGUGCAUGUGUGAAGGAUCUUUGUGGUGGGACGGUCGAUUCUGUGUCACCAGGCAGGAGUGUCCUUGCGUAGGAGAACACGGAUUGUACCCCGUAGGCUCAGGGUACGAGACUCCAGACUGUCAGCACUGCCUCUGCGCUUUGAAUGGCGUACCGGUCUGUCAACCCAAGAUCUGUCCACCUUGUAACGUACCCGGUGAGCGACCUGUCGUCACAGAGCUCUGCGGUUGCAUUUGUCUGCCCUGUCCAGCUGGUACAAGACUCUGCCCAACGAGUCUCACUUGCAUCGACGAGAGCAAGUGGUGCAACGGUGUCCUGGACUGCCCGGAUGAUGAGGAAAACUGCGUUGCUGUUUCGGUUUCCGCUAACACUAACGUUGUCAAGCAGACCAUCAUCAAAAUCCAGUGCCAGACUAGCUGUCCACCUGGUUAUACAAUGGAGAACGAUAACUCUGUAGAAUCAAAUUACGACUCGGUCGGCUCUUACGCGAACUUCAACUUCUCAAUGGAGAAGACCGAAUCUAUCAAGACCUCUUUCACAAAGCAAAUAAUCAAAGUAAAGGUACCACCGCCUGCGAAGACCUUCCAGAGUCGUAUGGGCGGCGAAGAAGAUCAAAUGUGCCCGAAAAUCCUGUGUCGACCCAACAUCGAGAAAUCGAACUAUCUCGAAUCUACGUGUGAGAAGAUCGAGUGUCCUUCGGGCUUCCAACCCAAACAUGACCAAUCCAAGAGCUAUCGCAAGACAACCAUCUGCGAUAACACCUGCGUACCUAUUCCGCCUAAAGAAAGAGUCUGUAACGUCAUUGGCAGAACAUUUACUACUUUCGACAAUCUUGAGUAUAAAUACGACGUAUGCAAUCACAUUCUAGCGAGAGAUCGUGAUGACAACAGAUGGUACAUUAUCGUUGAGAAGGUAUGCAAAGACCAAAACCUAUCGUGUCUAAAGACCCUCGUGGUGAAAUUCGACGAACACAUGGUCGCACUCCAUCCGGACAUGUACGUCGUGGUCGACGGCAGUAUGUACAGCGCGAGUGAAGUUAAGCAUCUCGGGGAUAAAAAUCCUUGGAUGAAGCUGUCGCGAGUUGGUAACGCUCUGCGAAUUGAAUCCCGCCACUAUCCAGUCUGGGCGAUGCUUGAAUCGGACGGCACUAUUAAAAUCGGCGCCUCCGAAGUACUCGCCGGACACGUGGAUGGAUUGUGCGGAUUUUUGGAUGGUCUGGCUGCUAACGAUCAGCAAACUCCUGAGGGAAAUAUGGCCAAGAGCACGAAAGACUUUGGUGACAGCUGGAAAGUACUGGACAGUGCCGAGUGCAAAUUGAAGGUCUGCCCAAAAGAGGCCCAAGAAGCUGCUUGGAAAAUGUGCACUUUGGUACGUGACGCCUCCUUCGGUGCUUGCGACAAAGCCUUGAACAGGGAGCGAUUCGUAUCGAGUUGUCUCGAAAACAGUUGCGCCUGUUUGAGCAGUGGUAAUGCGACCGACCAAGAAUGCCGCUGCCGUGCUUUGUCCGCGUUUGUUGCUGAAUGUCUUGCGGCGGAUAAAAACGUAGACUUGUCGAGUUGGAGAUCGGUACACGACUGUCCUGCUGUUUGUGAUGCUCCGUUUGUACACAAGGACUGCUUUAGGAACAAAUGCGAGAUGAGCUGCGAAAAUCUGCAGCAGCUAGAUCCAUGCCCGGUUAUGGAUGGACUAUGUAUACCAGGUUGUUUCUGCCCUGACGGUUUCGUGCGUAAUGGUGACACCUGCAUACCACCCACUGAAUGCCGUGACUGCGUUUGCAAUGGCCUCGGCAACUCUAAAUAUGUCACCUUUGACAAGAGCAACCUGCUCUUCGAUGGAAACUGCACUUACGUGCUCUCCAGAGAUGUUCUCAAGAUAUCGGAUGGAGAAAAUAAGAAUCAUGCAUAUCAGGUCUUAGUUAGCAAUGGAGCUUGCACCGAAGGAAUCUGCACUGAAGUUAUCACAGUAAUGUACCAGUCUCAUAUUGUCCAAAUAAGAAAAGGAAAAUCUCAGCUUGUGAGUAUUGUUGACGAAGAACAAAUCAACAAGUAUCCCCACAAGACAUCUUGGAUAAAACUUGAAGAAACUCAAAACGGAGACAUAAAUCUACUCAUCCCUGCGAUUCAAUUGGAGCUCAUCAGUUUCAAACAUAAUUUUGCAUUCAUGCUCCGACUGCCUUCGCACACUUUCGGAGGAGAUAUGGAAGGUCUUUGCGGUAACUGCAAUGGCAAGCAGGAAGACGACCUCAAAAAGCACGAUGGAGAGUUUACAAAGGAUGCGCAGGAAUUUGGCAAUAGCUGGCUCGUAAAGAAACUUCCGGCAUCCCUGAACUUGAAUCAAGAGCACUGCUCAGGUCCAACGAAGAGGCGCGACAAUGAAUGUCAAGAAAAGCCAUCGGCUAACGAGUACUGCGAACAGCUACUUCAGGACGAAGCAUUUAGACGAUGCCACGGUCUCGUUGACCCACUACCCUACUACAUGGCCUGUAAGGAUACACUUUGCAACGGCGGCACUGAUGGUUGCGCCAACUUUGAGGCCUACGCAAGGAUGUGCUCGGUUGCUGGUAUUUGUGUCGACUGGAGAACUGACUCGCUUUGUCCCUUCCAUUGCCCGACUCAUCUGCUCUACCGGGCAUGCGAGUCAGGCUGUCCUGAAACCUGCGAAAAUCUCAACGGCGAAAAACAGGAGAAGUGCACUGCAUCUCAGAUUGAGGGCUGCUUCUGCCCAUCGGAUCAGAUCCUUCGCAAUGGUACCUGCAUUCACAAACGCAAUUGCUUCGUCUGCGACGUCGAAGGACACGUUGACGGUGACGUCUGGCAGCUCAACAAGUGCACCGAGUGUACCUGUCAAAAGCGACUGAUGAAGUGCCAAGAGACGAGUUGUCCGGCUGUCCAGACCGUUUGCGAUGAAAACUCAAACGCGGUUGUUGUGCCUGGUACCGAGAACGAUUGCUGUCCUAAAUAUCUGUGCGUACCAAACCCAACGGAAGCACCGGCGUGUGUCGAAACUCAGCAACCCGAGUGUGGCUACGCGCAAACACUAAAGACCACAAUUGACAAAAACGGAUGUCAGAAAUUCAUAUGCCAAUGUGUACCCGAAAGUGAGUGUCCAAUAUUGGACGGCAUAGAUAUCAGAGGCAAAGACUCUGGAAUAUUAGAGCCAGGAUUCGUCACGAUAACGAACACUUCCGGCUGUUGUCCUAGAAACGAAAAAAUCUGUCAACCUGAAACCUGUCCACCAACUAAUUCUUGCCAGAAAUAUUCUGUGCCGAUUGUCAAAGUAGAUCCCAACGCGUGUUGCCCCAAAAUCGAUUGCGAGCCACCUAAGGAUCUCUGCCUUUACUACAUGGACUCAAGCAACGGGCUCGAGUUCUUAGACAACCUCAUAGCGAAGGACAUUGGCGAGACGUGGGAAGACGGAAAGUGCAAGACGUGCACCUGCGAACUUCGAGAUGGAAUACCGACGCCAAACUGUGUUACUAAAGAGUGUCUUGGUAAUAUUGAGGAACAUCCCGACUUCCGUGACUUUGUACUCGAGCGAGUUCCCGUGGAUAACGCUUGUUGUCCUCUUAUCAAACGUGUGGCUUGCAAGCACAAUGCCCAUGUCUACCAGCCUGGCCAAACAUGGAAUCCAGAUCCGAAGGACAUCUGCGUAACGACCGAGUGCGCAACUGAAUCGGACGGUCUCGAAUCUGUACUGACACGGAAGACAAUCGUCCAGGAAUGUCCAAUAACUUGCGAAUUCGGUUACGAAUACAGACCAUCGUCCGAUCGAAGCAUCACUUGCUGCGGCGAGUGUGUUCCGAUCGCCUGCGUCUACGAAGGUGAACUUAAGUACAUAGGAGAGACCUGGCAGUCAGAAGAUUACUGUUGGACAAGGUCGUGCAUAGCUGAGAACGGAUCGCUUCGCGUGCAAGUGUCAAAGGAAAACUGUGAGAUUGUCGACCCGUCGGAGGAAGACAACUACAAGUUAGACUAUCAGAAGGUGUUGGGCAAAUGCUGUCCCAACAUCGUGAGAACGGCUUGCUUGAGUGAUGGCAAGUAUUACCAACCGGGACAAAACUGGCAAUCGUCGGACGACGCUUGUGAUAUCGAGUCUUGUAUAUUUACACCAGAGGGAAGGAUCGUCAAACAGAAAGCGUCUCAAACUUGCAACAAAGACUGCGCAAAGGGAUGGGAGUAUCAAGAACCAGAGUUUGGAACUUGCUGUGGAGAGUGCAAACAGGUUUACUGCGUUGUAGACGACCUUCUGUAUGAACCAGGCACAACCUGGUAUUCCGAUGACAAUUGCACAGCUUUCUCGUGUAGUCAAAAGAACGAUUAUCUGUUCAUAAGUAAAAGCACGCCAGUUUGUCCAGAACUAAAUUGCGAACCAGAAUUGAUGUACGAUGAUGGUUGUUGCAAGAAAUGUAACAUCACAAGUGAAAACAAAGUUGAACAAGCCUGCGCCGCGGAAGUUUUCGACUUUGAAAAGACUAUUGGUAUACUUGUAGAGAAGAAAGGAUCUCACGGCAUUUGCAAGAAUUUAAAACCUAUCGUCGGUUUAACAGAGUGCCAUGGACACUGUAACUCUUCGACGCACUUUAACAUAAAAACUUGGGAACAAGUGGUAGAUUGUACCUGUUGCAAACCAGUGGAUUACAGAAAGAUAAACGUGGAAUUAACGUGCGAAGAUGGAAAGAAAUUCAAAAAGAUUCUUACUGUACCUUCUGUGUGCAUGUGUGAAGGUUGUGCAUCCGACAAUUCUGAAGACAUGAAGAGGUUGCAUUCAUUUUACGAUGUCAAAGGCCACAGGAAACAUGGAUUGAAUUCCAUUAAUAAUCGUUAGGCUAACCGCGAUCGCCAAUUCCAAGUAUAUGUGUAAAUAUUUUACUUAAGCUAAGUUUUCUUUUGUAUUUAUGUAACUAUAAAUUUUUACCAAUAAUGAAAAUGUAUAUUUUUUAAAUUAUUAAAUUUAUAUUUAAUAAAUACAUGACCAACAGGUUUCUUUGUAUAACAAAAUGUCACCGUGUUAAAGAAUACCUAACACUCUUUGAGACCACAGACAGGUGCAUUUGGUAACACAAUCCACAGAAGACAGCACCAGUUUUUCACUUUUUCAGUUUAAAAAAGUUUUAAACAACCUG